AUGGCUGAAGAGAGAGCAACCCCCCUCCGUCUAGGAUCCAUCGCACCAAACUUCCAGGCAGAGACCACCAAUGGUCCCAUUGAUUUCCACGAGUUCAUCGGUGACAAGUGGGUUGUCUUAUUUUCCCACCCAGAGGACUACACACCCGUUUGCACCACCGAACUCGGUGCUUUCGCAAAACUUGAGCCAGAGUUCACAAAGCGUGGUGUCAAGCUCAUCGGUCUCUCCGCAAACACAAUCGAAUCACACGGUGGAUGGAUCAAGGAUAUUGAUGAGAUCUCCGGGAGCAAGCUUACCUUCCCAAUCAUUGGCGACAAGGAGCGAAAAGUUGCCUAUGCAUAUGACAUGCUCGACCACCAGGAUACCACAAACGUCGACUCCAAGGGCAUUGCAUUCACCAUCAGAUCUGUCUUCGUCAUCGACCCAAAGAAGACAAUCCGCCUUAUCCUCUCUUACCCAGCUUCCACUGGUCGUAAUACCGCCGAGGUUCUCCGUGUCGUUGACUCACUUCAAACUGGAGACAAGCACCGCAUCACCACUCCUAUCAACUGGAUUCCUGGUGAUGAUGUGAUUGUCCACCCCAGUGUCAAGAACGAGGAGGCCAAAACUCUUUUCCCAGAAUUCCGCAUUGUCAAGCCAUAUCUUCGAUUCACACCUUUGCCAAAGGAGGUAACAUCUGCGGCCGUCUGA